ACGCGUAUGGCGGCGUUUUGAAUUCGACGUUAGCCAUUCCUUUGACGACUGACAAGAAUAUCAUUGGCGGCUAUUUAUAAGGGGUUUUUUUUCCUCUGUGUGCAAAAAGGAUCCUGGUGCAACCCUUUUCAACUUAUUUUCAUUGUUGCACUAGAUGACCGGGCAGUGUUCCAGUGCCGUUGGAAUAGAAAGUAUUCCGGUGUGUGACAUUUGCGGCACGGAAUGGUGCAGCCAGUGAGUGAUUUGAAUUGAGAAUAUUUUGUACCCGCAGACCUGGGCGGUGAUUGUCGAUUAAUUAAGGUGAAAUCAGUGCGGUUGGAAAGAAUAAGAAGAAAGUGACAUUAACCUUAAUACUGGAAUGAGCAGUUGUAGGUUGGAUAAGUGCCGGAAAAUGAAUGAAUAUACCAGAUCAUUCCAAGUGAAAUGAGCAAGUGGAUAAAUGUUUCGAGAAAACAAACAGAGGAAAGUCAUUCGUGAGAAUCAGAUUUCAAAGUGGUUUUUGAAGAAGGAGAAAAAUCAAAUCGGAGAACACGUGAAACAAAAUCAAAAUAUGUAAAGGAAACUGUACAGCUACUAUUGAACAAAAAUUGGAUAACUAAUGAACAAAAUCCAGUGACAUGGGAAUGUAAAAUAACUGGAUUACAAAAUUUGAAAAAGCCCAACCCGAACGUCCAUCGGCGAAAGAGCGAGGUGGAAGAAACCAGCACGAGUUUUCACAGCCAACGAGUCGAAACGAGUGAUAAAUGACGCGAUCCGAAUCUAUUCGGCAGUGAUUUAAGUGUUCUCUAUUGGGUGUCAAAAUUCUGGAAAAAAAUAUUUCCUAAACAGGAAAAAAAGAAGUGUUUCAAAUUUUGUGAUGCCGAGUGAAGAUAUGAGUGAUCCCGGGUACAGAUUGAAUCCGGUCGCGAGGGUAAUCGAAGCAACCGGUGGUGCCGUUCGGUGGACGCGCGAAUGCGAAGAAGAAGAUUGAAAUUUUUCCAAAUCAAAGUGUGCGAGAACAGGAAGACCGGGCCGGGCAAAACGCGGAAACAAAUUGGGGACUGACCAGCGAGAAAUUUGUGGAACACGCGCUCGGAAGCGUGCUACCACAAGUCCCAGUCGGUAGUCUGUAUGGAUGCGGGAGGUCUCCCAGUAUUUCCGGGUGCCAAUCAGGCCAAUCACCUGAACAGUCUUCACCUACAACAACAGCAGCAGCAGCAAGCUCAGCAACAGCACCACCUGCAGCAGCAGCAGCAGAAUCAGCAACUGACUCUGCAGCAGCAGCAGCAAAUGCAGCUGAUCAACAGCCAACAUCUUCAGCAACAGCAGCAACUCCAUCUCCAGCAACAGCAACAGCAAGCUCAACAACAACAGCAUCAGCAGCACCAGCAGCAACAGCAACAACAACAGCAGCAACAGCAACAGGGUGAUCUGAUCCCCGCCAAGCGUCAGGCUGUGUUUGAUCGGCUGAAGCGACGGAUCGAAACCUACCGGCGCCGCCAGAACGAUUGUACCCCGCGGUUCGACCAGACCUUUAGUGGAGUGUGUGAACAGCAGGCCAACGAAACCACUGCCCUGCAGAAGAAGUUCCUCGAGGCGAAGAACAAACGGGCGCUGAAGAAAGCGGAGAAGAAGCAAAGUGAUCAGCAACCGUCGUCGCAAUCGCAGCAACCGACGCAGCAGCAGACGACGAUCGCGGGAAAUUUGCAGAGCAGUGUUCAUGUGCAACAAAAAUUCCUAAAGAGACCAGCAGACGACGUCGAUUCCGCCUCCGACUCGUACGAACCACCGGUCAAGCUACAGCACAACGGAUCGGAAAAUCUUACCAAGUUCUCGGUGGAGAUCGUCCAGCAGCUCGAGUUUACGACGUCGGCGGCCAACUCCCAGCCGCAGCAGAUCAGCACCAACGUAACGGUGAAGGCCCUGACCAAUGCGUCCGUCAAGAGCGAGGGUCCCAGUCCUGCCCAGCAGCAGCAACAGCAGCAGCAGUCGCAGCAGAGCCAAUCGGGACCGAACGGAGGCGGAAAUGGUGCGGGAGGUCCCUCAGGAGGUGGCGGAAACAAUGGUGGCAAUCCAGCAGCGCCAUCCCCACACCUGCACGACCUUGGCCACAUUGUGGACUUCAAGCAGGAACCGGAAAACGAGUUCGCCGAUCUGUCGGCCGCACUCGAGAAGGACGCUGCCGCCAACGGUCACUUCCCGGGUCUGUCCGAUCUCAUCGGGGACGAUACCAACGACGAAAGCGAUACCUUUAAGGAUCUCAUCUCGGACCUGUCCGAUUUCCAUUCCGACUUUCUCGAUUUUGAAGAGAAGCCUCAAACCCAACAGCAGCAGCACCAGCAGCAGCAGCAGCAACCUCCCCACCACCAACAGCACCCACCCCAUCAGCAACCUCCUCCUCAGCAGAUGCUACAUGCCCAACAGCAGCAGCAGAUCGAGGUGAAGCAGGAGGCCUGUAUAAAGCAAGAGCAUCCAAGUCCCGGAAUGCUGGACAACAUGGGCAUCAAGCGGGGCAGUCCUGUGACGAACCAAUUCCCGAAUGCCUUCGGAAACGACGGUCUGCCCCCGAAGCGGGGUCCCUACGGGAAUCCUCAAAAUGGUCCCAUGUCGGAACUGUCCCCUGCGGCCCAAACUCUCAAACACAUGGCCGAACAACACCAGCACAAAAAUGCCAUGGGUAUGGGCUUCCCUCCUCGAGGUCCGCAACCCAAUCCACCCCAGCGGCCACCCUAUUCCGAGUUUAGCCAAUAUGGUCCCGGUCAGGACUACAUGAACAAUCCCAACAACCCGGGAGGGCCCGGAGUGGGCCCCGGCGGUCCUCAAUUCCACAAAGGCAACGUGCCACCGUUCCCCGGAGCGGACCUUAUCAAACAGGAACUGUACUCCCCGCAGAACGAAUUCGAUCUCAAACCGCAAAUGAACCGGAUGCCACCGGGGAUGGGCGGACCCGGCCAGAAGAUGGGACCCGGUCCCGGUGGGUUCAACAAGCCAAAUCAACAGCAACAAUACUCGCCAUAUGGAUCGCCGGCCGGUGGUCUCCCGAGCCACGGCAGUCCGCACGGUCCGGGAUACAUUCCGCCGAGGGGUCCGGGACCGGGCGGUGGACCUCCCGGCGGUAACAAUGCCGGUGCUGGAGCUGGAGGUGGCGGUGCCGGAGCGGGUGUUCCUCAGGGAAGCGGUGCUGGACAAGCGAACGGUGCCGGCGGAGCGAAUGGAGUUCCUCCGCGGGGUGGCCCAGGCCCAGGUCCGAUGGGAGGCGGCCCACCGAAUGCGACGAUGCUGCAGAUGAAGCAGACGCAGCAGCUGCACAUCAGCCAGCAGGGACCGGGAGGACACGGAAUUCAGGUUUCCGCCGGUCAGCAUUUACACCUGAGUGGUGACCUCAAGACUGGCGUUUCCGUGGCAGCCCAGCAGGGGGUGUUCUUCAGUCAACAGCAGCAGCAACAGCAACAACAACAACAGCAACAGCAGGCAGCCCAACAGCAGCAAUCCAAUCAGCAAUCUCAGCAACCCGGUGGCGGUCCUCAGCAAUCGCAGCAAGCUCCUGGAGGUCCCAAUCCACAACAGCAGCAAGGCACCAAUCAAAGCAAUCCGAAUGGCGGAAACAAUAACAGCAACAAUCCAAAUGGGCCAAAUCAAAACAACGGCAACAACAAUAAUCCUCAACAGCAACAGCAGCAACCAAAUCAGGCACCUCCGAAUACGUCGCAAGGUUCCUCGCUCGAGUCCCAGUACACGGUGUCCCAGUCUCAAACCAUCAACUUUACCCAACAAGCCAUGCGCCAGCGACAGCAACAGCAGCAACAGCAAGGCAACGGUCCCGGGCCCGGUCCAAAUCAGGUUCCUCAGCAGCAGCCCGGUGGCCCCGGGCAGCAGCAGGGCCCCAAUGGGCCAGGAGUUCCGAACCCCCAGGCUCAACAGCAGCAACAACAACAACCGGGCGGUCCCAAUUCGGGAAUCUCCACCGGUGGAAUGCCCCACGGAGGUCCCAUGGGAGCCGGCGGUCCGAUGGGACAAAAUCCGAAUACCCCCCUCGGAAUGGGUGGCAUGGGCAUGGGCCCGAACGGUGGUCUGAGCGGACUCAGUUCGAUGGUCUCGAAUACCAUGGGCGGUCCGGGAGGACAGAUGAUGCACAACAGUAUGGGCCCGGGAGUUCCAGGCGGACCGGCUGGACCAAUGGGAAUGCGGUACAUGCAACAGCAGCAGAUGAUCCGAGCACAGGCGAUGCAGCAACAGAUGGCCGUGGGUGGACGACCUCCGCCACCGGAGUACAAAGCGACCCAGCAGGGUGGCAAUCCAAGUGCGGCAAUGUUGGCCGCUCAGCAGCAACAGAUGCUGCAUGCUUCCGGCGGACGGUUUCCAGCUGCGAUGCGGAGGAUAACGCAGCAACCGAUUCCACCCUCGGGACCGAUGAUGAGGGCGCAACAUGCGGCCUACAUGCAGCAGCACGGCCAUGGUGGCCCACGAGGGCUGGGUGGCUUUGGACCUGGAGCGGGUGGCCCGGCGACGAUGGGAGGCGGUCCAGUGCAGAGGCCUCCCAACGUGCAGGUCGGACCGGAGGGAAUGCCAAUGGGAUCGCAGCAACAGGCCGAAUGGCGGCAUAUGAUGAUGUCCCAGCAGCAGAGCAUGAGCUUUGCCAGCAGUGGUGGCAAUAUGCGAGCGGCCGGAUUCGGUGCGGGUCCAGGAGCAGCGGGUAAUGCCAUGGGAAUGCCAAACGGUGGUCCCGUAGGUCGGAUGGAUGGCGGUGGUGGACCCGGCGCUGGUCCAGGAGGCAUGACCCAGCUUCAGAUGCAGCAGCAAGCGAUGAUUCGGCAACAGCAGCAGCAGCAACAGCAGAGCAUGGGAAUGUACCAGGGUCAGAUGGGAGGAGGCGGUGGGGCAGGAGGAAUGGGCCAGAUGCAGCAGCAGAUGACCAUGAUGCAACAGCAACAGGCCAUGAUGGGUCAAAUGCAGAUGAACCAGUUGCACAUGAGCCAAUCGCAAACGAUGACCAUUCAGCAGCAGCAGCAGCAGCAAGCAAAUCAACAAUCUGUGAUGAAUUCGUUCAACAAUCCGGGUAUUGGUCCCGGUCCGGGUCCGGGCGGUGGUGGACCAGGUCCCGGCGGCGGAAACAACCCUAAUAGUAGUAACAAUAGUAACAACAACAACGGUAAUAGCAGCGCGAACAAUAGCAGUAGUGGCGUCAGCGGCGGAGGCGUUGGUCCCCACGGCCCCAACAACAAUUCCUCCGUCAUUCCGAAUGCGGACUUUAGUUUGGAGUUCCUGGAAAAUCUCCCGGUGGGCGACCCGAGCCAGUUCAAUGCGCAGGAUCUGCUCAGUUCGCUGGACAAUGAAAACUUCAACAUCCAGGACAUUCUGUAAGUGGUUUCUCCCAAAACUUGUAAGUAGAAUAUUAUUUUAGUGCCCAGUGAGCCAAAGGCUCGUUUCCAAUGCAACAGACUUGCAUGCAAGCGGGCAAGCACGAAAUUGCAUGCGGAGGGGAAGCUUUCCGUUGUAAAAGUUAAGCGUAUAGGAAAAAUAGGGGAGAGGUGGUUAAUUUAUUAAAUCAAAAUGAGAAGACGAACGAUAGCGGAAAAGAAGACGAAUCAAAACUAUAAAAGAACCAUUGGUAAAAUAGGGAAACGGAUCCUGUACAUAGACAAACGUAGUGUAUUUGACUUACUCGUUACAAAUGCUUAGAUGGGAUAGAUCCGCGUAGGAGCCAGCAGCAACAUUUUUUUCGUUGUACAUUUUAAACUUUACAUAAUUUAUUUUUUUUACCGAGAACAGCGUAUCGUCGAACAAGCAAACUCUCUAUCGUGUUUACUAAAAGCUUAUUUAAGUUUAGUUUUAAAUCCAUCUGCAAAAUGGUGUUUAGACUAUAUGUAGUAGCGGGAAACAUUCCUUACCUAGGAUAUUUUAUUUGUGUGGCCUCAAGUUGGGAGUGCCGUUUGUUCAAAGCCAUUCUGCCAUUUGAUAGUUUCUGCUUUUCGAACAAGGAAGACCAUCAUCUUAAUCCCCUUCCAUUUGUGACCCUUACAAUGAACAUGAACUUGUGCGAUAGAGGAGAAGGCGGUAAUUGAACAAAAUAUUCUAAACAGAACGUGGAGGUGUAACGACGUUUUUGGAGGGACACUAGGUAAUUUGUAUAGCAGCGCAAACAGAACACCUAAAUGUUACGAAUGAUAGAUUCCAGUGGGAGGAGGGGAGGAGAGCAAAACGCGAAACGAGAGAGGGAGUAACUGUGUAUACAAAACAAAAGAAAAACUUUAACUAGCUAUGUAAGUAAGACAAAACAAACUAAAACCGAGAAUCAACUAAACUCUGACGAAAGGAAAAUCUAUUUAAGGAUUAAUUAUUGAAAAGUAGCGAAAAUUUUUGAAUGACAAAACGGUAAUCAAAGCAGUAAAUGAAACAAUUUAUAAUGGAAAAAAAAGGAAAAUGACACUUGAAUCAAACAUUGAGCUCGGCAAACCGAAUCUGUGUUACAGGUAAUAGUCAAAUUUUGUUUUUCAAUAGUCGAUGUUGGUGCGUUUUGAGUGGUAGCUGAAGGUUGGAGUGAGCCACCGGUUUCUGGGGAGAGUUUUAAGAAAUUUACUCGUUUAGGCUCGCGUUUAUUCUCUUAGCUCACUGUCAGCUUGUUCUUGGCUGUCUUAAGUCUGUUCCAAGCAAAAGUAUGUUCCCGUGCUUUCUGCAGCAUAUUAUUUUCGUACAGCAACUUGCACAAUGCUGCAGUUACUUAUAGUAUAGUUAUAAGCAAAAAGCAAGUUCGUAAACAGAUGUAAAUGUGAGCUCUAUCCAGGGAUGCCAAAUUUGAAGAUACGUCAUCAUAUAACACCUAAGAAAUUUAUUCUUGAAAAAGAACCCUCGUCCUCGUCCUCUUCUUGAAAAAGAACCCUCGUCCUCUUCGCCCUCUAUUUCUAAACGUGUGGGGAGUUCCCUGAUGUUUAAUGAAGCUCAAAAAAAAAAUUCCAGGAAGUUCAUUUAGCUUUUUUGUCGUAAAGAACCCCUGAAGAUAUAACACCGACAAACCGACAUGAAACUCAAACUAAACUCUUGAUCGAGAAUCCAUAACGGUCGAUUCAAAUAAGCAGCGAUCGCAUCGGUCAAAACCAUAGAAUGUUUUAUCUAGAUAAAAAUAAUUUGUCCGAAAUAGAUUAGACACGAACCAACUCAUAAAUUUUUCGUGGCUAGGAUAAAUAUUUUCCGCGAACACGGCGGCAGAUGUCAGUUUUGUGUUUUGAUCAAAAAUUCCUUUGUAAUUUGAAUGAUCAUUCAUGUCGGUUUGUAGGUGGUUAGAAGCUUUCUGAACUUUUGCUAUUUUUUGUACUCUUCUACGAAAUUCCCUGCACUUCUAUGUAGUUUUACGCAGUUCAUACAAAUUCGCUCCAAUUGAUACGAAAUCCGCUAAACUCCUGCAAAGUUUUCUGCACUUCUACGUUUCUCGUUGUUGAUUACCUUCGAAGUUUUCUCCAAAAAUAAUGGAAAAAAGUCAUCGAGCAGACAACCUGUCAAAUGGAUGAGAUGUCGCCUCUUUACCCACUGUACUUUGUGAAAGAUUCCUGCCAAUGAGCUGAAUUACCGAGGUGAAGCAGUCGGUUAAAUUGUGUGAGUAAAACCCCUGUACGAUAUUUCACGAUCUGGUUAACCUCUCUCUGUACCUCAUUGGAUUCCUGCAUCAUAAUAUCUGUUUUCUCUAACAUGCACGGCUAUUGAGACGAACUCAACUUUGAGCGGGAUUUCAUCCAAAAACGUUGAAAAUUGAGCUCCUCAAAGCUGAGUAAAAUCGAAGACUACAAAUCAAGAAGACUGGCAAACGUCACUGAUAACAGCGGCUCUGUCAAUCGAAGGUGGAACUUUGAAGCACAAGUGUUAGUGAGACUGCUCAUAAACAGUGACUGUGUGUGUGACCUAAUGUCACCGAAACGAAUAAUCAUAACACCACAGACAAACAGACGUAACUCUUUGAAAAAGUUUUUCUUGAAAACAUAGUAUCUCAAAAUAUAGGACCUCAGUAACGACAUCUCUCGGGUUUCUCGCGGAAAAGAAGCUUGCUCGCUAAAUCGCAAACAAUAUUGCAUAAAAGUUCUAUAGAAUGUAUAGAAACGUCAAAGUGAUCCGAUGCCAGCGCUGCGGCGAGUAGUUCGCGGAACUGAUAAUAUUCAAAUCAACCGUUAAAUACGUGAACGAAGAUACACAAUGAAGAGUUACGUCUGUUUGUCUGUGAUAACACGGUACUCGUCGUUGUUUUUGUUUUGCUCUACAAAAUUUCACGGCAAUUUGUAUCCUAAUCCCAGCAAGCCGAUGGUUUUCCAACUGCAAACCGAAAAAACUUAUCAUGGUGGAUCAAGUAGAGGAUUGAAACUCAGAUCGAUACCUAGUGAAAGUAAAUUUUGCUUGUGAACGAGGAACCGAAAUAUUGUUUAUUUUGCCUGUUGGAAGCAGCUUUCACCACCAUUGAGUGAACUACCGUCAUUCGAAAGCUGCUGAAAAUUCAAGGAUUCAAAAAGUACCUACGUCACGAUCCAACGGAAGGCGUAGCAGGAUCUAAUGUUGGAGGAAAUGAAAAUGAAAGGUUGAAGGACUACAAUCCCAAACAGUACGUAUUGAGCAUAAGUAUGAUUGACCGCCACCGGUUGCUACCCUGUUAUUGCCAGAUCAGCUGUACUUACACAGAGAACCAAUAGACGAUGCUCGGGACUAGCAAUCAUCCUCAAUGUGUAAAAAUUGGUGAUCUCAAACUAGACAAUACCAGCGCGGGCCGCACCCGAACGAAGCUCAAAAAAGGAAUGGGUAGGAAUGUGUUUACGUGACACUCGCUUUGAUGAAAGCCGAGAAAUCCUCUGCACUUCCACGAGGAAUCACUGGGAUGUUGGAUAAGAGGGUAGGGUUUGCAGCAUGGUUCGUUUUGGUAAACAAUAAGCUGAAUCGACGUCCUAACGAUAGGGAGGGGUUACUGUAUAAAUAAAUAAAAAUGAAUGAUCUCACUCAAAUGACCAAGUGGAGCUGCGCCAACAGCAACUGGCCUGUUCGUAGACAAACAGUACGUAUUGAUAACAAAAUAUAUUUCCAUUUUAGAUGUUGUCAGAACAUGAUACCACGGUAUAGUGAUCCUCUGUAUGCUUUAACAAUGCUUGGAUCCGACCGACACCUUCCAGAGAAUGAUAACAACAGUGUUGGAUUGGCCAGUGGCAUUCAAAUGGUCAACGAGUCACAACUUAACUCCCUCCAGAAAUCUUCAAGGUGGCUCUGUGGAACUUCAAAUUCCAGGUGAAAUCUGAGGAGAAUUCCAGGGCAACUCUGACUAUAAUUUCAAGGAAUUUUGAAGAGACUUCAUACAAUACUUCAACGAUAAUUCGGAGCAUAAUUGAAACAAAUAUUCUGGGAGCAUAUAGAGGGAAUUCGAAGCAUAAUUCCAAAGGAAAGUUUCUGAGAAUACUUAGUAGGGUGGGACAAGAUCUGCCCAAAAUUCCAGAUCCACUCGAGGGACCGAAACGGAACUACUUAGACGAUAUCAAUAUCGAAUGAAGCAAAAGGUGGCCCAUCCACCUCGUACGACUGAGGCUACCUGCCGGACUUGUGACCGGAAAAUGAACACUACUGGAGGCCACUGAGUAACCUUUCGGAUUAUCCGGAUGAAGUAGCCAAUUAUGCGGAUAGACCAAUCCAGUGGAUAGAAAUUAACGGAGUCUUGGAUCCCCAAAUGGCGUAAAUGAUCGAUUUCCUCUAAACGUCGUCCCCGUUCGUGAAAUGCCCAUAUUGUGGAGUAUUUGACCCUUUUUUAUCUUGGAUUCCAAAAUGGCGUCGAUCAUCGAUUUCCGACCUCUAGACAUCGUCCUCGUACAUAUUUAACGCUUUUUCACAAACCGGAGGUCGCCAUCUUUGACUCUAAGAUGGCGUCAAUAAUCGAUUUCUAGCCUCUACAGGACCUCCCCGUUCCGGAAGUACCCAUAGUAUUUCAGGAGUAUUUUACACUUUACCGGAAGUUGCCAUCUCCCGAAAGUUUACCCCAUGAUCACUAGGGUCUUUUUUCUGGUCACAAGUCCGAAUUAUUUGUAUUGAGUCCUUUAAAUGUGUUUUCUAAAAAAAAAACGCUGGGUUCUUUUAUGUACUGACCACUCUUGGACCUUUCGAAAAGUUAUCCCGUGCACACUUAAAUUUUUUCGCCGAGAUUCCAACAGCCGAGUAGUUCUGCAAUUUAGUUUUGCUGAGAUUCAGUAAAAUAAUUGCCGAGACUCAGCUAACAAAUAGAUAUUUUACAGAUAUAUCAGCAAAAGUAAAUGCCGAGGUAAGCGGCUGUUGGAGAUUUUACCGAGCUAGAUUAACUGUGUGGCCCUCAGGGUCCAUUUUCCAGAAGCAAGUUCAAAUUUAUUCUAAUGAGUCUUGUAGGAGUUCUUUCGCAAAAAACCGCAGAUAUCCAGGACCAAUUUUAUGAAAACAACACUCCAGUGGCCUCCAGUGUUCACCUUCUAGUCACAAGUCUGAAUUCAUUAUAAUUAGUCUUCUAGAAGUGCUUUCGAAAAAAAAACACAGAGCUCUUGGUCCAGUUUCAUUAAUUGACCAUUUCGCUGUUGUUAAGGACCUUCCGAAAGCUCACCCAGUAGAUUCCAGUGACCGUUUUCUGAUCACCAGUCCGAAUUCGUUCAAAUGAGUCUUCUGAUCUUCCAGAAGGUCAUCCCGUAGCCCCCGGGGGCCAUUUUUCGAUCACAAGUCCAAACUCAUUCUAAUGAGUCGUUCUAUAAGUGCUUUCAAAAUAAAAAAAACUGCAGAACUCUAAGACCAGUUUCAUAAAUUGACUGAAAUUUUAUCUAACCACAGAACAACCUAGAUAUUUUCAGUUCAUUUACUGUUCGUCAAACGAAAUGAGCACUGUUCUCUGAUCAUAUCUUUUUCGGAAAGCCUAAUGUUCAGUCUACAUUUUUUUCCUAGACGGUUUUGCUCUACACUCGAAGUUUUUUCCAAGUAGGAUUGUUUGAAUAAAUUGUGUGCCAAAACAAAUACGCCCUUGUGAAAAGCUUCGCUUGUUUCCAAAUAAUCCUGUGCAAAGUUUCAUCCAAAUCGAAGACUCUGCGCAUGAUAUCGGCUUUCCGCCAUGCUGAGUGAACCCCCACACAACGUGACUGUCUCGCGCAGACAGCAGCUGGCAGUGCUGCUAGAAACGAAGAGGUUUGGGGGUUAUGUGGCUGGCAGCAAGGCGAGUGAAAGUUUAAUGAAAAUCAACUCUUAAACAACACUAAUUUAUGGUGGUCCUGAAAAGAACCGUUUUGUCGUAAUAGUUGAGUAAUGCUGAGCUAUAAAGGUGUUCAACACAGAUGAGGCUGGCAAGCUGUAUGUUGUUUGGAACAAGGAUGACGCGCUUGGCAUAGAUGGCCCACAGCGAUUCACGAAGAGCUACUGAAUCCCAGUAGCGGUGCGGCUUCUUUCUUUUUCUUUGGUGAAUAGAUGUUCAUGUGAGCUGCAGCUCGCUGCUUGCGAGCAGCCUUUAUUUGUAUACUGUAGAACAAUGUUUAACGCCACGCGUCGAAAGAACUGCUGGAUGGACCAAAUUGAAUUCAAUUUUGAAAUCUGUGUUAGGGAAAGUGCUUUUUUUCAGGCAAUCGGUGUUAAUUUUAAUCACCAUUGCAACUAUUACACAUUUGUGUAAUUUUCAAUAGUGACCGAUUGAAAAUAGAUAAAGUGUUCAUUUCAGCAGAUUCGUAGAAAAAUUUUCAAUCGAUUGGUUUGUUUAGAAUUAAAAUCCAUCCGUUGUUGACAGAGUAAUAAGUGGUCAAAACCUGACCACUUUUCGUAACGCGGUUGAUAUUUUAAUUUUUUGGAAUUGCUCCCCCAAUAUGUUACCGAAAGACGUAAUCCUACGUCAAAAAAGAAUAAAGAGCAGUUCGUUUGGCUAGCAAUCAGUAAUGGCAAAAUAACUUUUUCCACAAGCAUCGGAUCGUUUUGCGGUCCUGGAAGAAAAGUUUCCUUGUAAAAUUUCCUAGCGAGUAAUUGGAUUGAUUUACUUACUACUAGAGGACAAUGGGUGACCUCGACAGACUUUUAUUUGAAAAAGUAAGUUUUCCCAAAUUUAUUUUGAGCUUAAUUAUUAUUUUGGAUAUUGUCGACCACUGAGCCUUAAACCUCGAUAUUAGCAUCAAUUCAGCAUGAGGCAAUAAUUUGCCAUCGAUUGUGUAAAAACCAACACGACACGUUCUUCAGCGCUAUAUUUGUAUAACAUGAAAAUAAUCAUUUUGCCUUUGAUCCUCAAAAUCAUCCCCUCCAAGAUGAAGACUAAUGUUAAUAUUGACAACAAGAGAGGCGUAACGAACAUCUAGCCACGACCAAUUUUUCGAAGGGACAUACUUAUUAGCUUUUGUAAACAAUGCAUUUGAUCGUCAAUUUGGCGGAAAUUUUCCCCUACCUGAUAGUGCUGUUAGUAUGCGUGUGUGAGCUACCAGUUACGCCAAACCGACGAUCAUGUGCAUUGUUUACAAAAGCUGAUAAGUCCGUUGGAAAAAGUAAUCGAGAAAUGUUGACUUCAAUGCCUUGAUCAAGAGAAUGUUGUUAUGUCAAAAUUCAAAUUCAUGCAAGAUAGUUGGUCGAUCCAGGGCCCCACUAAGUCACUUUCAAUCGAUAAUCGUCAAGUGACGAUGAAGCUGUAUGCCAUCAAUUUCAAUUGAAGGUCAGUCUGUCUUCUCUUCGAGCAGAUCCCCGUCAACAUCAACAGGAACCGCUUUCGAUCAGUUUUCAUGCUGUUUGUUUUGGCUUGACUUGACUUGUGUUCAUUUCUUCUUUCACUGUCAAAUGAACUUACUUUUGCAUUGAAGCGAAGCUGUUCGAUCCAAAUUUGCGCAUUGUGACUUUUGUUGAUUGUUCACUCGGUUCAUUUAAGCGUAUGCGCAUAGAUCUGUGCACGUGGAUGUCAAAUUUAUCAUUGUCGGGUGGUUUGUUUACCAAUCAAUAUGGGUAUUUUUUACUCGGGGGAUCGAAAAUUGAUAUUCGAAGCCAUUUUGGAAUCCAAAAUGGCGGCUUCCAGUUUAAGAAAAAGUGGGAAAUACUGUCAAAUACCUAUCAAAAAAGGUAUUUUCGGAAUCGGGAUGAUGUCUAGAGGUUGAAAAUCGAUAUCUGACGCCACUUUAAAAUCGAAGAUGGCGGCUUCCAGUUUAAGAAAAAGUGGGAAAUACUUUCAAAUACACAUCAAUAUUGGUAUUUUUGUAAUCGGUAUGAAGUCUACAGAUCAAAAAUUGAAAUGCGACGUCGUUUAGAAAUCCAAGAUGGCGGCAUCCGAUUUCAGAACAAGUGGGAAAUAUUUUCAAAUACCCAUAAAUAUGGGUAUUUUUGGAAUCGAGAUGGCGUCUAGAGGCUGGAAAAAAAAAUGGAAAAUGCUGAUGCCGUUCCAAUUCAAUAUGGGUAUUUUUGGAAUCGGAGUGACGUCUGGAGAUUGACGAUAUCCGACGCCAUUUUAAAAUCCAUAAUGGCGGCUUCCGGUUUAAGAAAACGUUGUAAAUUCUAUCAAAUUGCCAUACAUGCGGGGCCUCAUAGCCUAGUUAGUAAAAGCACGGUAUUACCAAGCCGGAGGUCUAGGGAACCUUUCGGGUUGGGAAUUUUCUCGACUUCCCUGGGCAUAGAGUAUCGUUGUGCUUGCCACACCAUAUAAAAAAUCAUGCAUUGGUAUUGACAUCGAAAGCUCUCAAUUAAUAACUGUAGAAGUGCAUUUAGAACAAUAAGUUGAGAGCACGCAAUAAGCUAAUAUGCGCUAAGAAAUAAGCUGGAAAUGCGAAUAAGAAGAAGAAGACGUUUUUUUUUAGAAUCAGGGUAACGCCUAGAAGCCCGAAAUCGGCGCCAUUUUGAAACCCAACACGGUACGUACAUGCCGACAAUUGAUGUCACACCGUCUUUAAAUCCAAGAUGGCGGCUUUGGUUCAGAAAAACCGCAAAAUACUGUCAAAUACCGAUCAAUGUGGAUUUUUUUUUGAGUCGGGGUGACAUCUAGAAAUUGAUGUCCGACGCCAUCUUGAAAUUAAAGAUAGUAGCUUCCGAGUUCAGAAGAAGUGUCGAAAGGCCUACAAAUGGCAUCGAAUAUCGAUUUUCAGCAUCUAUGCGUCGUCCCCGUUCCGAAAAAUACCCAGAUAUUAGGGUAUUUGACACAUUUUUUUUGUGAAACCCGAUGGCCACCAUUUUGGAUUCCAAAAUGGCAUUGGAUAUCGAUUUUUGGCAUCUACAGGUUGUCCCCGUUCUGAAAAUACCCAUAUUGUAGAGUAUUUGUCACUUUCUGAAUACUGAUUGCCGCCAUCUUGGAUUCCAACAUAGCGUCGGAUAUCGAUUUUUGGCAUCUACGCGUUUUUCCCGUUUCGAUAAUACCAAUAUCGUAAGGUAUUUGAGACUUUUCAUGACCCCGAUGGCCGCCAUCUUGUUCUUCAGAAUGGCCUCGUUAAUUUAAUAUUAGCUUAGUAUAAAAUGAUAUAUUAUUGCUACAUAUAAUCCGGAUGCCAUCCCUAUCAGCAACCGAUAUUGUUCGUAUGCUAUAUUUUGAUGCCGGACGACGCGAUGCGUGACAAGUCGACCAUGAGCCCCAAAUUGAAGUGAAAGCGA